AUGGAAGAGGAGGUGGCCUUUGUUCUCCUGCAGGAGGGGGUCGGGCGCGAGGUGGGCUGCGGGACUGAGACUUUGACCCGGCUUCUCGAGGCCUGUCUACACUCGCUGCUUUCCUUCCUCACCUCCAAUUUCCCCUCCAACCCACUGCUUCCUGACUCGCUCUUCUCCAUCGAACGGCUCUUGCUCAGGCCCGUCGCGUCUUCCUGUGCCAUUUCCUGUUGUGCUCAGGUUCCACGAGCUGCCCAUCUUCAGAGAAGAGCAGCUGGCAUUGCCCACCGGCCGUGCCGGCUGAAGAAGAGAGGACUGAGGACCCCAGGAUGCCCAGCGCGAGGACCCCAGGAUGCCCAGCGCGAGGACCCCAGGACGCCCAGCGCGAGGACCCCAGGAUGCCCAGCGCGAGGACCCCAGGAUGCCCAGCGCGAGGACUCCAGGACGCCCAGCGCGAGGACCCCAGGACGCCCAGCGCGAGGACUCCACAUCCUUACGUUGCAACCCUCCUGGAAUAGGCCAACGUCGUCAUCACCUGGAAUCCUGCGUGGGAGCCUGGACACACGGACACAGAGCCUGCCCAUAGGACCCUCCAACUGUAAAUCCUUCCACAGCCACGGGCACGCCUUGCACACUUCCUCUGGGACAGACAUGCUGGACCCAAGACUCUGGAUCCUGGCCUCCCCUUGAGUAGAGAGACUCACCUACUGACUGAUGAACUGCGCUGACCCUGGGGUCAGGCGUGUGGCCUUGAUCCCUGUCCAUGGACCCUGAGACUUGGGGGGAAGGCUGUUGAGUCUUCACUGUUGAGUCAACAUCUAUGAAAUGGGCUAAGGUUCCUACCUCACAGGGCUGUUGUGAGGCUCUUGCAAUGUGCUUAGAAGCAUGGGGCCUGGUGGCUCAUGGUGCUUUCAAUAAAUGUUUCUUGUUUUAACUAAA